AAACGUGGGCACAAUUCGUGGCAAGUCUGCGCACAAAACAAUUAAUAUUAAUGAGGCAUGACUUCACUGUCUACUAUUGGUCUUCUGACUGAUAACGGAGAGCUGAUUGAGCGACUUCGACUUUUGACAUCAUUGUAAACUUUAAAAUUACACGGACUUAAUCGUUAAAUGAGUCAGUCUGUAAAGAUUUAAGUACGUUUUCAAGGCAGCAGGUUCAGUGUUUGAGUUUCAGUUUCGAUUUGAAGUAAACAGACGGAUCGUGAGAAUGGAGAUCUGCGGACUUGUGACUGAGAAAAAUAAACCAGUGCCUCUGAAGAGCAUCUCAGUGGAGCUUCUGGUUCAGGAUCAUGUAGCCACAGUCUCCUCCACUCUGCAGUAUGUGAAUGAGGAAGAGCGCCCCCUGGAGGCCUUGUUCGUCUUCCCUCUGCCUGCUGAUGCUGCUGUCUGCCACUUCAGUGCCAAGAUCGGAGAGCAGGAGAUUGUGGCAGAGGUGCAGGACAGAGAAACAGCGAGGGAUCGGUAUGAUGAUGCUGUGAGUUCAGGUCAGCAGGCGUUUCUGUUGGAAGAGAGCGCAGAGAGUCCUGAUGUGUUCAGACUGAGUGUCGGGUGUCUGUCGGCGGGUCAGAACGCUGCUGUCACCAUCAUCUACGUCACCGAGCUCGCUGUGCAGGACGACCACUCGCUGCACUUCUGUCUGCCGGCUGUACUCAACCCCCGAUACACACCAGCAGGUUCAGCUGCUGGUAUAGUCUCAGAGAUUUCAUCAGGAGCUGUUCCCUACACGCUGACUCUCAGUGUUCAUGUGAGCUCUCCAAAGCCCAUCUCCAAACUAGAGUCCAACUGCACUCUGGAUCCUCUAGUGUUCCUCCACUCUGAUCACACUCAGGCCACGGUGAAUCUGAGUCCUGGUCACAUGUUUGAUAAGGACGUUGAGCUGUUUGUGUACUAUCAGGAUACCCAUCAGCCCUCUGCUGUAGUGGAGGCAGGAGUGACCACUGCCCCGCCAGGUUCUCUGAUGAGGGAUACAGUAGUAAUGAUAAGUUUGUACCCAGAGUUCCCAGAGGAAGUGAUGUCAUCAUUGGCAUCUCGAGGCGAGUUUGUUUUUGUGAUUGACAGAUCAGGCAGUAUGGGCAGCAUGAUGCAUCGAGGGAAAGAAGCACAGAUGCGCAUAGAAAGCGCAAAGGACACUCUGCUGUUACUGUUGAAGAGUCUGCCCAUGGGAUGCUACUUCAAUAUCUAUGGAUUUGGCUCUGAUUUUGAGUCUUUCUUCCCUCAGAGUGUUGAGUACAGUCAGGACACAAUGGAUCAGGCUCUGAAGAGAGUGAAGGAAAUGAAAGCAGACAUGGGCGGCACAGAGAUAUUACAGCCUCUAAAACACAUCUACAGUCAGCCCUGUUACCCUGAUCACCCCAGACAGCUGUUCAUCUUCACUGACGGAGAAGUGGGAAACACUAAAGAGGUGCUGGAUCUGGUGAAAAGUCACGCUCACUCUCACAGGUGUUUCUCAUUCGGGAUUGGUGAGGGUGCGAGUGCCGCCCUCAUCACAGGAAUGGCCAGAGAGGGAUCUGGUCACGCUCAGUUCAUCACAGACACCGACCGCAUGCAGCCCAAAGUGAUGCAGUCGCUCAGGUUUGCUCUGCAGCCCGCUGUGCUUAAUAUCUCUGUGGAUUGGACCCUUCCAGAUGAUGUUACUGUUGACACACUGUCUCCACCCAUCAAUGUGCUCUUCCAGGGUCAAAGGACACUCAUUUAUUCCCAGCUUAAAGGAGAGAGUUCAGGAGGCUCUGAGGGAACAGUGACAGUCAAAUACAGUCUUGAAGAUCAACCAGUUACAAACCAGCUCCACUUCUGCCUCAAACCAACUGAAGAAACACAGUUGUCUAUUCACCGGCUGGCUGCUCGGACCCUGAUCCGUUCUCUGGAGCAGGAGGAGAGGUCUGGAGCUGCAGAUGUUGAGGGCAUCAGGAGCAGGAUGGUGGAGCUCAGUGUUCAGGCAGGAGUCAGCUGUGUUCAUACAGCCUUCAUUGCUGUGAAUAAAGACAGCAGACAGACUGUGAAAGGACCCCUGCUGCAGAGAAGAGUGCCAACAUACGAUGCCCUGAUGCAAGCAGACUGUGAUUUACUUCUAAAAUGUUCCCUGGCAGCAUAUGUGAGUGAACCCAAAAAGAAGUUCGGAUUCAUGACAAAGAUCCAGAAUUUGUUCCGCCGUGGUUCUAAGAAGCCUGUGCUGUGUUCCAUGUCUGCUCCCACAGAGAAUCAAACUCGUCUACAUCUUAAACAAGCUGAGGCUGCUCCUGAGCUCCAGAAGGACCUGUUACUGCAGCUGGUUUCUCUCCAAAAGGCGUCCGGCUGCUGGGAUCUGGACUCCACACUGGCUGAUGUGUUUGGGAAGACGGAGGAUGAGCUGACCAAUCAGAAACCAGCACAGGUGGAUGGGUCAGUAUGGGCCACUCUCCUGGCUCUGAUCUGGUUAUACGGCUGUAAAAUAGAGCAGCAGGUGGAGUGGCAGUUUGUGGCCAUGAAGGCAGCGUCAUGGAUCGGCUCUCAGAAAGUGGGAGAUCUGUCUCAGUGUGUGUGUGAGGGGAAUGUCCUGCUCGGAUGUCAGGUGACCAAAGAGACUCUGGGAAUCUGAAGAUAUCACUGUUUCUACAUCCUGAUCCAUCAGAAGACCAAAGAACAGAUACUAUUACAUUUAUCGUUAAUCUUUAUCGUUACUUGUUUCAUAAAAUGUAGUCAAUUUUUAUGUGCUCAAAUCUACAGUAAAUUCUAAAUAUGAGUGACCUGCACCAUUCGCGUUUUAUCUACUAAGGUAAAAAAAUGUAUAUAGACAGGGUAGAGUGGAGCUGUGUCAUAUUUUUCUGUGAAACAAAAGUUCAAUGUGUCUAGAGUAGUUUUUCUUUUUUCUUUUUAGUGAUAAUGACCAAUUAUUAGUGUUCAUGUAAUUAGAUUUUUAACAAAAAUUAUUUGUACCAAGGGGGUGUUUCCCUCCACUCUACACUAUUUAUAACAAUAUGUUUCCAAGAUAAUCAUUUCAAAGGAACAGGUCACAUAUAAAAACUCUUCUUUAUUUUUACUGUUUUGAAAUCUAAAAUAAUUUUGAAUAAAAUUUAUGUUUUUUAAACCA